UUAUUGUUAUUAUCCCUACAUUCAUAAACUUUUAUUUUAUUUUCAAGAAACAAAAUUGAAAUGUAACCCUCAUAGAAUAUUUCGCAUAUUCUUACUUUAGCCUUUAGCUGUGUAAAUGCAUUCAUGCCACCUCUGCGCAGUCUGUGUAAAGACCAAUGAUAAACUAUCCGACUACUGCAAAUUAAACUGAAUAUGGGGCUUAAAAAUGAUCCAAGCUCUCUGUAUCCUGCUACAUGAGGUGUCCUGUGAACACAUACAAAAUGAUUGACAAGGAGAGUGUACCUCAAACCAUUUUCAUUCACUGCUGUUCAGUUUUGUUUUUGCUGUAGUGGAGACAGUUGUUAUAUUUUAGGAUGCAUAAUUCAGGGAUCUCUGUCAAUUAAUAGGGAUAUUUUUGAGUGCCAUUUCAUUAAAAAUCACUUAUACAGAACCUGUAAAUAUCUGAUUGAUAGAACCUUCUUCUGGUUUCCUUGGUAACACUAAACAAUAAUUUAAAAAGUAACAGAAAUGAAUUCUGUUGCUUUUGUUUAAUGAUAUGAAAAAUAUGAUGGAGAUGUGAAGGACAUUAAAGGUAAGAGUGUAGUUGUAUUGCAGCUAUUAUGUGUUUAGAUCCAGGUUUGCUUUGUUGUGGCCUGCAGUAAGAGGUUAUGCCUCCAAGCUUUUUGAAAAUGACUAUUGGGACUAUUAUGUAUAAUUUAACUCCCAAUGGAGUUGCAUCCUGUACAAUCAUUCCCCAUUUUUCUUCUCUUUCUGGCUUUCUCCAGACACUUCAUUAAAUGGAUGACUUAUUAUUUUAAUUUGUUACACACUGUAUUCAUUUUCAGUCUUUUUGUACUUCUGCUUUCUUUCCAAAUUUCCAUGGAAUUAGAAUAAUUUACAUAAUUCGUGUCUAAGCCGAUGUUUUCAUAUGCUCCAGUUGCAGUGGCAUAUCACAAACAAUUACCUCAACCGCAACUUCAUUUAAUUAGAUUUAUUUAUGGACAAUUGCUGUGACCUGUCUCAGCUGUUUGUUUCUCAUCUCAAACUAGAGCUUGACAUCCAAAGACAUCUUUCAUAGGAUCCAUAUCAUAGGAUUUCACAGGAAACACUGCCAUUACGGACACUGAUGCCAGGCGAUCUACAAGGGAAGAUUAUUUGUCAACGUCUGUUAGUGUUCAAGGACAACUAUAAACCAUAACGUUUAUUUGAAAACAGUUGAGGUCAGAAGAGACUUGCAAACUCUGCGAGGUUGCCGUCCAAAACCAUGGAGAGACCUGGUGUUAAGCCCAGCUACUCUAAGAUCCUCCCAAGGCUAUGCACUGUCAACCUCAGGUUCUGCACUGGAAUCAACCACCUUUCCAGAGACCUUCAAAGUCUGGGACUAAACGCUUGUUUUAUCCAAACUGUGACGGCGACGAAAGUGGUUUGUGGGAUCAAAAGGUACAAAUGCUCAGGCUGUCUGUGCUACUACAAUGAGCUUGAGCAGCUGAUGACACACAUAGAGCAGGGCUGGAGAGAAGGCUACAGCUGUAGAGUGUUCUACCGGAAGCUGAAGGACAUGAAGGACUGCAGGGAGUUACUGGCCGCAUAUGAAGAAGAAGAAGCUGCAGCUUCUGAAAGCAACCUUCAACUCGGUGCCUCCUCGACUCUGAGGCAGAGCAGUAGAGAUGAGAAGCUGGACAUGGUCCUCAGUUGGCUGCAGGAGUGCAUGUCAAGUUGCUGGCAAUGAUUUAAUUAAAACAUUUAUGGCUGCAUUUGUUGCAAUUGCAUACAGAAGAAAUUUUGCUGAAUGUCUUGAUUUUUUCAAUACAAUGACAAAGAGGGACAGUGGCUGUGAAGCUCCAAAAAGAAGGGGCUGAAUUGUUCCUUCUAUUUAUAUAAUAAUAACUAUAUAAUAAUGAUAUGCAUAAAGGACUCUUCAGAAUAGGCCGUUUAGAUUUCCGAAUGAAACCCUUAAUCAAGUUGCAAGGUUGCAUCAAAACCAAUACAUUUCCACCACCACUUUAUGUAUUGUGAUGCUGCAUCAAAAUGUAAAAUUAUUCAGCGACAAUUACUUGCAGUGUAAACAAUAUUACAGUUUCCUAUUUAGGAUGAGUCUGAAAAGAGGAGAAUCUGUCCAUGAUGACAGGGUGAUGAGCAGAGUCAGAACACAUAUCACACUUGCAUGGCAAAGUAUGGAAUCUGCUCGUCUUGCCAUUCCAAAACGAAUGCUCAUGGCAUUUCCUGUCAAGAAUGUUUCAUUCUGGGAGGGGAAAAAAUCCAGUCGACACAUUUGAAACAGCUCAUGUCUGUUCAUUACAGUCUAUCUAUCUAUCUUAUCUAUCUAUCUAUUUUCCCCAUCAUUAUAUCUAUUUUCUCAUCCAUCUAUUAAUCUAUCCAUAAUUAUAUCUCAUUUCC